CAGGCCUUGUUUUGCGCGCUCCCGCCAGCUUGACACGGAGACACUCACGCGCAGCUCAUCACUCGCGUCCUGCUCGUCCUGUUGGCCGAAUAAGCGCACUUGACGGCCGAGUGUCAGUCCACGCGAGUUUGUUUUUCUUUUUUUUCUUUUUUUUGUUCAUGCAGCGACGACUGCGAAAAAAUCAACAACAACCCAACGCUUUCAUUUACUAAUUAGGCGCUCAGGUGCGGUGGAGUUUCUCACUUUCGACUCUCAGGGGAGCUUUCUUAUCUCAGGAGGAGGAAGUUACAAAUCCUCAGGAACAAACUCAAAGUGCACUUUUUUUUUUGUGUGUGUGUUUGUGUGCAAGAUUGCUCAGCCUACUUAAAUCCACAAAGGAGAAACACUUGACACCCACAUGGAGGCUCAGCCCGUCGCCGCCUGCUGACAUGGAGCUCUUUUCCGGCAUGCAACUCAGCCUCUAGUCGUUUUUUUUUUUUUUGUGUGUGUGUGUGGCUCGUUUCUCUUGUCUUUUUCCUCUACAAAGAAGACCCCCGCACCAUGGCCGGCUCUUCCCCCCGGUUGCUCUGGAGACGGAGCCUCCUCCUGGCAGUGUGCGUGUGCGCGCUUGGGGCGCGUGGAGCCGAGGAGGAGGAGGAGGAGGAGGAGGACAGCGGCGGCUUCAACUCGGAGUCUUGGCUGAGGAUGUACGGCUACCUGCCUGAGGCCAGUAGACAGAUGUCCACCAUGCGCUCCACGCAGAUCCUGGCCAACGCCAUCAGCGACAUGCAACGCUUCUACGGCCUGGAAGUCACCGGACACAUGGACCCGCAAACCAUCAGCGCCAUGAAGAGACCCCGCUGUGGUGUGCCCGACAAGUUUGGGGGCCAGAUCAAAACCAACGUGAGGCGGAAGCGCUACGCCCUCACCGGACACAAAUGGAACAAGAACCGUCUCACGUACAGCAUCCAGAACUACACCCCCAAGAUUGGCGAGUACAACUCCUUCGUGGCCAUCCGGCAGGCCUUCAAGGUGUGGGAGAGCGUCACCCCACUGACGUUUGACGAAAUCCCCUACCAGGAGAUCAAGUACGGCCGGCGUAAGGAGCCCGACAUCAUGCUCUUCUUCGCGUCUGGCUACCACGGCGACAGCUCCCCAUUUGACGGCGAGGGCGGGUUCCUGGCCCAUGCCUACUUCCCCGGGCCCGGCAUGGGCGGCGACACGCACUUUGACUCGGACGAGCCGUGGACCAUCGGAAACCAGAAUGUACAAGGCAAUGACCUGUUCCUUGUGGCCAUCCACGAGCUGGGCCACGCGUUGGGCUUGGAGCACUCCAACAACCCGCUGGCCAUCAUGGCGCCCUUCUACCAGUGGAUGGAGACGGAUAACUUCCAGCUGCCUGACGACGACCGCAGAGGCAUUCAGCAGAUUUACGGCACACAUGACAACAGGCCCACUCAGGCCUUGCCCACCGUGACGCCGCGCCGCCCGGACCCCCGGCCGCCGCACAAUCCUCCUCCUCGCCAACCGGACCGGCCCAGGAGCACCGACAGACCGGAUCACUACGGACCCGAUAUCUGCGAAGGCAACUUCGACACGGUGGCCAUGCUCCGAGGAGAGAUGUUUGUCUUCAAGGGCCGUUGGUUCUGGAGGGUGCGCAGGAACAGAGUGCUGGACAACUACCCCAUGCCCAUCGGACACUUCUGGCGAGGUUUACCCGGAGACAUCGACGCCGCCUACGAGAGGCACGACGGCCGCUUUGUCUUCUUCAAAGCAAACCGAUUCUGGCUCUUCCGGGAGGCCAACCUGGAGCAAGGCUACCCUCUGGAGCUGGUGGACUACGGCCGCGACAUUCCUUACGACCGCAUCGAUGCGGCCAUCUGGUGGGAGCCCUCCGGUUACACCUACCUCUUUCAGGGAGACUGGUAUUGGCGCUUUAACGAACAGUCCCGCUCAGCCGACAGAGGCUACCCGAAGCCCAUCAGCGUGUGGGGGUCUUCCGUCCCCUCGGCUCCCAAGGGGGCCUUCCUAAGUGACGACGGAGCGUACACCUACUUCUACAAAGGCUCCAAGUACUGGAAGUUUGACAACCACCGCAUGAAGAGCGAGCCGGGCUACCCCAAGUCCAUCCUGCGCGACUUCAUGGGCUGCAGCGUGGACCUGGACCCCCCGGACACGGACGCCGACGACAAAUAUCCGGACGUCAACCAGCCGCCGUUCAACCCGGACGCCGGGCGCGAGGAUGACAACAAUGUCGACAAGAAGGACGACGAGGACCGAGACGGCGGCGGCCGGACGGACGGCGACCAAGACGCGGACGAGGACGAGCGCGAGAGCCACGAGGAGGACACCAACGAGGUGGACGUGGUGCUGAAAGUGGACGACAGCCAGGAGCGGACCAUGAACAUCCUGAUGGUGACCAUCCCCCUGGUUCUGGUGCUGUGCAUCCUGGGCCUCAUCUACGCCAUCAUCAACACGCUUCAGAGCAAGGGGGCGCCGAGGCUUCUGGUGCACUGCAAGCGCUCGCUGCAGGACUGGGUUUGAACCCUGAACUUGAGAUGGGGAUUGCUGAACCCUGGACGGACCCUCAGCAUACCCUCCCACAACUCAUAGAAACAGGUAGUAACAGACCCAUGCGGUUACUGUACUGACUAGGGAUGGGCAUUACAAUCGAUUGAUGGAUCGUGUGAGAUUUAUGGCAAUCGCUAAGUGUCAAACUCAUUUUCGUCGUGGGCAACAUUGUAGUGGGGGUUUCCCCCAGAGGGCCUUUAAGACUGGAAAAUGUCUCAUUUCCAUACUGUAUAUAAAUGGAUAGUCAAAACUCCAUUUAGCAAGGAACAUAAAAUAUACACACUUUAUUUGCUUCAGUGGGCCCCAUAAGUGACAGAAUUUAAUACUUUCAUUCAUUUCACCGAUUAAUCCAUAACGGAGAACUAGUCGAGUGCCCAUCCCUAGACUUGCUCCACGGUGCAUCGACUGUAGUCUAUUUAUACGAGACAAGUUUGCACAUUGUUUGUGUUCAUUGGGUGUGACUUUGUUGUUCUUGUUUUUUUUUUAUUUGUAAUUUUUAAAUGAUUAUUGAUUGAUUUAUUUCUAAA